GCUCAGAAUGGAACCCGUGAACGCAGCACAGUCGGAGGCUGAGGAGAGAGCGGAGGAAAGAAAGAAAAAGGCAGACUAGAGAAAAGGGAGACCUGAGAUCAAUCUUGGCGCCAAUCAGGCAGUACUAAAAAAAAAAAACACGAACCGGUGGAUAGUUCCUGUGACCAGCUCUACGCUUUUCGCCGCUGCUACUGAUACAGUCAGUGGUCGGUGCUUUAGCCCGUCCGCCUCGUCAGUACAUUAUCUAUAAUUGUCAUAUUAAUGUGGCCCCUUCUGCUGUGUCUGCGGUCACGGUACCAAUAACUCAGCAGCGGCGGUAGAGGAGCAGCGCGGGGACAAUAGAGGCGUGUUUCUCCUGAGGCAGCCACACAAGACAGCGGCACAAUGGGGUUGAAGCAUCGAUGAAAGCAGCAUUGGACAUGAAGCCAGGAGCAGGCCAGAUUAAAAUCUCAUUGCUGUUGACACAGAGGAAGUCCAACAGAGCAAAGGAGAAGAAAGCGAGGCGUCUGGAGGAGAGGGCAGCGAUGGACGCUGUCUGUGCUAAAGUGGAUGCAGCCAAUAAGCUUGAUGAUCCACUGAAUACUUUCCCAGCUUUCAAAAAAUACGACAGAAAUGGGCUGAACCUGCAGAUAGAGUGUAAGAGAGUGACCUCCCUCAACCCGCUGUCAGUGGAGUGGGCAUUUGAACUCACCAGAGCCAACAUGCAGACACUGUAUGAGCAGAGUGAGUGGGGCUGGAAGGAGAGGGAAAAGAGAGAGGAGAUGAACGAUGAGCGAGCGUGGUACCUGCUGGCCCGUGAUGCUGAUUCCUCUCCAGUGGCCUUCUCUCACUUCCGAUUCGAUGUGGAAUGUGGAGAAGAGGUUCUAUAUUGCUAUGAAGUGCAGCUGGAGAGUAAAGUGCGGAGGAAAGGACUCGGAAAGUUCCUCAUCCAGAUACUGCAGCUCAUCGCAAACAGUACACAGAUGAAAAAGGUGAUGCUGACAGUUUUCAAACACAAUCAUGGAGCUUACCAGUUCUUCAGAGAUGCUCUACAAUUUGAGAUUGAUGAAACUUCACCCAGCAUGUCUGGAUGCUGUGGUGACGACUGCUCCUAUGAAAUCCUGAGCCGGCGGACAAAACACGGAGAGGCCUCUGCUGGACACACCCAUGGGGGUGGACACUGUGGGGGCUGCUGCCACUGAAUCCACUCCUGUUCCUGAUAUCUGAUUGGUUUAAAAAAAAAAAGCCAGCAACUUUCACAUGGCUGUGUGUGAAAGCUUGAGCUGCCUGCAAAUUCUGCGAACGCCAUGAGUUUGAACGAUCAUGUAUGUGGUUUCAAUGAAUGGAGCGUGGAAUUCCGGGCUGCCGAUGUUGAUGUGUUAAGGAAUGAGACUUGUAUGUUUUUAGGUGUUUUCCUGCUGCAAAAGCAGUAUCAGUGUGGGCUUUCACACAUAGUUACCUGUUUGUGGUUUCCUACUGCUUGGUUCAAUGUCAGACAUUUUUCCUUAAUCCUAAUGAUUAGUAGUAAUUCCCCAUUUAGGAAAAAGCUUCUUGCUGACAUCAUUAAUGACCAGAGUCAACCUCACUCCACCUCACUCUCAUCUGCUAAUGUGCUAUACUGUAUUGAAUUCAUCUGCAAUGCUGCUUCAUCCAAAGUAGUAAAUUUGUUGGAAGUUG